AUGGUAGAAACAGACUCAUCCGCCCCAUCAGUCCAGUCCCUCACAGUUUCUACUCCGUCAGGGGAUCUCGAGCUGUUGAGCUGUUGCCCUUCAACCGACAAACAAAAACCUCCGAUACUGUGUUUACACGGCGCCUUCUGCUCUGCUGAAGAUUACAGAAAUUUUCUUCCAUUCUUUGCAUCUCACGGGUUUCCCGCUUAUUCGCUUUCUAUACGCGGUCAUGGAAAAUCAUGGUCAAUGUCAUGGAUGACAAGAACUUUGCUCACCACGUUGGACCACUACGUCGCAGACAUUAUUGCAACAGCUGGUUUCAUCACGGAUCGACAUCCCGAGGCGCCACCUAUGGUUCUUGUUGGACACUCCUUCGGCGGUGGACACAUGCAGUAUCUUCUUGCGCAUCAGGACCAGAACAGCCCUUCGACUGUCAAAUUCGGUGCCUUGGUUCUUCUGGCAGCUGCACCGCUGUCUGGAGGCGGAAAGGAAAUCAUGGCCAACUGGGAGAAAGUCGAGGCUCCCGACGGCUACAAAUAUCCCUGGAGUCCUCGCUCACAACUUGAUACGCCAGAACAAGUCCGUACAGCAUUCUUCCAGUCAGACACAAAAGCAGAGGUCAUUGAGCGAUGGCUUUCAGAAUGCAAGACGGCAAAUGAGGGGAUUCGCACGGGGCUCAGCGUGUUUUGGCCGUUUGGACAAGCAGUUGAUGUGCUGAAGAGUCUUGUGGGAUUGGAGAGUAAUCCUGGUCAAACGCGCAAAGUUCUGCUUAUUUCAGCCUCGGAGGAUCGAUUGGUGACGCCUGAUGCGGUUGAGGAGAAUACAAGAGCUUAUGAGGCAGCGCUGGAGGGGGCAUCGGCUGUGGAUGUUGAUGAGGUGGUGAAAAGUGUCUCGAUACCUGGAUCAGCUCACCACUUGAUGAUGGAUCUUGCUUGGGAGGACUGUGCCGGUCGCAUUGUAGCUUGGAUCGAGGGACGAAGCUUGGGGCUUUGA